AUGCGGAGGACCGACGUGGUGCGCGACGUGAUGGACUUCUACUACGCCAUGGUGCCCACCGCCGGCGAGUCGCACUUCGUUGACUCUCGUACCGGGAAGCGUGCUGAUGGUAAGCAGACUCCGGCGGACCUUGAGAUGGAGGACGGGGAUGUAUUCGAUGUUGUUCUGAAAUCCCUCAUACGCCCAGAAAAAACGGGCCAAACAUGUGAGGGAUACUGGCGACUGCUUCUAUAG